AUGGGUUCUAUGUUCAGAGGAAACCGUUUGAACAAGGAAGAGAUGGAGGUUGUGAUGAACAAAGCUAAAGAGAUCAUCAUUGAAAGACUCUGUCUUUUUACCUUUUCAUCUGUGAUUACGUCUCAAGACUUAAUGUGGUUAUUGCCAGAGGGGGAAACAGCUGUUGACACAGCUAGGAGCAACUUUUAA